UUUGUUUAAAGUCAUAUAACUUGUAUGUCCGAGUUCAUUUUUGAGCCACUGAUUUCUCUCUACUUCCUUAAUUUCCACCGUUGUUGGCACCAACUAAGUUAUUGACUAGCGCUGUGUUGGCCGCUCUCUUAUAUACCUCACUGAUUCAUCGUACUCCGCUCUGGCAUGUUCUCACGAUGUACGAAACAGUCGAUAUUCGCUCUUUAGACAGUGAUUUAGUUAUCGGCCUCUGCAUUUCAUUUUUCAUUGGUCUAGACCAUAUAGGGAAUUUUCGCCACACAUUAAUGAGAAAGUUGCAACACUGAUUGUCAAACAUUUUAUUUUUGUUUUGCUUUUUAUUUUCUUAUAAUCAGAUGUUCGUACUAAUUUGUAAGAUUUUCUUCAUUUCCAUUUAGAUCAGAGGUGAACCAGGGUAGAGUGAUUGUGAUUUAUACGUUCAAUAUGGAGGUGGCUCUACGAAUUGGUGUAAAUUUAUUAAAAAUAAACAGAGUUUGUGUGCACAGCGCUUCCCGAAUAACAGACAGCUAUGCCAAGCAAAUACAAUUAAACAGGGAUUUCAGUACGGAGGUUACCGUAAAUGCUGCUCCACUAGCUGUGAAGAAGCACAAAGUAAGCAAAGCUAUGAAGGCUUAUCUGGAACGUGCUCGUGAAAAUGAUGAAUUUAUGAAAACGCAGAAGCUUGAGUACCAGAUUGGUAAAAGACAUUUGGCUAAUAUGAUGGGCGAAGAUGCAGAAACGUUUACGCAAGAGGAUAUUGAUAAUGCUAUUGCCUACUUAUUUCCAUCUGGUAUUUUCGACAAACGAGCCCGGCCACUUAUGAAGAGCCCUGAAGAAGUUUUUCCGGCAAGAAAAGCUGCGGAAUUCGACGAGACAGGUCGACCUUUUCACAGCAUGUUUUAUACAGGGCGUCCGAAUUUCUUCAAGUUACUUUACGAUAUUGUUGAAGAGAUGAAUAAAAUUCACGAUCUUGAAGAACGAAUGCUACGGCGAGGUACUCGUGCUGAUGCUAAUCAAAAAAUUGAUUUCACCGGAUUUCAGUGGAUGCCUAAAGAACAACUUGAGUCUAUGUUGGUUGAACAGAUAAAUGACUUAGAAUAUACAAAUUUUACAAACGCAAUGGAUAGGUUGGUUUCAUUGCCUUUUUCAUAUAAAUGCCAAAACUUUAUUAAAAAGUUUUCCAAACCGUUAUUGGACCAAACCAAACAGUUAGAAAUACCAAAACCUCAAUUCGAUGCUGGUGGUCGCCAAUUUGUUACAACGUAUGAGUGUUUACGUAAGACAGCGCGUGGAGAUGUCACUGUUCGCAUGCCAGGAACUGGAAAAAUCACAAUCAAUGGCCAUGAUAUAACAUAUUUUGAAGAACUUCAAAGUCGGGAGCAGGUGCUCUUCCCACUUAUUUUUGCUGGAUUGCUUGGUAAAGUUGAUGUGGAGGCCAACGUAGAGGGUGGUGGAACAUCGGGACAGGCGGGCGCUAUUCGGUGGGGCAUAGCAAUGAGUUUACGUAGUUUCGUUGACCAAGAAAUGGUCGAGUCGAUGCGUCUAGCCGGUCUGUUGCAACGCGACUAUCGACGUCGUGAGCGUAAGAAGUUUGGACAAGAAGGUGCACGUCGCAAGUAUACAUGGAAGAAACGUUAAAGCUCACACACUCCUCGCAUUAUAAUAGCAUUUUAAGCUACGCAUUAAAUAGAAUUGUUAUUUUUAAUAAAAACCAUGUUUUCAAAUACUUUAUAAUCAAUCAAUCCAAUAGUAUAGAAUUUUUAAUAAAAUGCAUAAGUGCUACAUUACA